AGCAGCCUACCACCCAGCAUCGCAUAUUUGCAUUCUUCUUUUUUCGAAACCCGACGGUCGUGACCAGAAGAAGCAAGCAAGCAAUACGCCACUGGCGGCUCGUUUCUUCCUCCCACCUCCCACUCCCACUCCCACCGAAACAGACAUGGCGACGACGGCCUCGCUUGUCCUGCUCCCAACCGUCCACCGUUCCAAUUCCGACGACGUUUCGCCCAAGGCAUCCGUGCCGCGCGGCUCCAAGGAUGAAUAUUUCCCCGCCGAUAUAACCACCGUCGAUGGCUCCGGGACCAGCGUGAGGGCCAGUGAAGGCGACGAAUCGUCAGCACGCAAGUCUAGCAUCUCUUACGCCGCCGACCCAGCGACCGCCCACAGCUCCAGCAUCGGUAGCACCGACGACGACGCGUCUACCAAAGUGAAUGAGGUCAUGGCGCGGAAGGCGUCAAUUAGCAGUGUGACCUUUCGCCGACCGCGCAAUCCUUCGCUGCCACAGGGCAACCCUCAACACACCACCGGUUCACGCAUCAGGGCGAGCUCGCCACCUCACCAAAGGUAAGCAAACAACUGUUCCUCUUGUCUGGUCUUGUUCCGAAAUUUUUCUUUGUCUCGCCCUAUGUCUCUCCCUUUCUGUCUAUUGCCUUUUUCGUCUGUCGUUCCUGUUUCAGCCCCCCACCAUAUCCGUCCCCAAAGUCCGGUCAAGUCGAUCUUCUGCUUCGCUGGGGUUGUCUAUUGGACGU